AGGAAAACCAAACAUGCAGUGGAGAGCAGAGUGCAAUCGCCUGCUCGGAACCGUGGGUUUGCGUUUGCCAGCUUCUCGGAUGCCUUGGCCGCAGAAAGUCUGAUUAAGCAAGGCCGAGUUGAGUUGCUUCUGCCUCGGUGCCAACACCAAUUUUUGCUCGGCAUGCCUACACUCUCUGCCCCCUUCAGGAGGGUUCACUCUGGUAGAUGUACAUGUGAUGCCGUGGACGGACAAGAAGUCAACCUCUCUUUCGUUAAUCACUAUGGCUCCUACGUCGUGGAGGUGAAGCGGAUGAAGAGGUUUAAUGAGGCGGCGACCAUGUCGAAAAUGUUGUCCAAGAUGCCGGAUACGCUUGGGCCUCAGUCUCUGCCAAGGCUUCCUCAAGAAAGGCCUCCAAACAGCAGCGAGACUCAAGCUCAGAUCUGCUCGUCUAUCGGACCAAUGCGCCCCUCGUUGGGCGAGUCUAAUAAUUGCAACUCCUGUCGUUCACAGAGCGAGGAGAAGGAGGCUUACAAGGUCCCAGAACGAGUGGGCACAAAAGCUAAGUUUCACCUCCGAAUGCGGGAAGAAGUCCGUGACGGAUUAACCCAAUCCACAAGAUCUUCGAUGACCGAGGCGGUGAACACCAGCUCCCCACUAAUUCAGGUGGGAUUCAAGCACUCAUAA